GGUGCGUCCGCGGGUGGUGGCCCCGCAGGUGCGCGCGGCCGGGGCUGGCGGCGACUCCCUCCACCGGGCCGCCCGGGAGGCUCAUAGAGCGCGGCUGGGUCCCGCGGCGCCCGGAGAGGGGAAGUGAAAGUGCCUUGGAGGACGAGGGCCGGUCCGGCCGUGCGGCCGCCUGACAGGUCCGCGGGCGCUCGGGGCGGGCUAGGCGGGUGGCCUCUCGAACCGAACCGAAUCGGCUCCUCGGGCCGCCGUCCUCCCGCCCCUCCUCGCCCGCCGCCCGAGUUUUCUUUCGGUUUCUUCCAAGAUUCCUGGCCGUCCAUCCACGGAGCUCGGGCCCAGUGCGGGGGCGCAGGGCGCGGGAGCUCCUCCUCCCGGGUUUUCCCAGGAGGCUGGCACGGCGCGGGCCGGGUACUGAGCGCACGGUCGGGGCGCAGCGGGGCCGGGGGACGCCGCUGGUUCGCGCCUCCUCUCCGGCGGCGACCUGGCGUCGACGGCCGCCGUCUCCUCCGGUCCUUGGCGAAAGCCAUUGAGAAACCAGCUGGACGUCAUGCGCCGGAGCCUGUCUGGGAGUCAGAGCGACGCGGCUCCAUCCCCGCAGACUCCGCAGAGCCCCAACAUGGGACAGGCCUUGGGGCCCGGUGCCCGCGGGCUUCUGCUCCUGCUCCUGCUGGCGUGCCUGACUCCGCCAGGCAAUGGCAACGAGGGCACCGUCACUGGAAGCUGUCAUUGUGUUAAGAGAAUUUCUUCUGACUCCCCGCCAUCGGUUCAGUUCAUGAAUCGUCUCCGGAGACACUUGAGGGCUUACCAUCACUGUCUACACUACAUCAGGUUCCAGUUGCCUUCCUGGAGCGUGUGUGGGAGCAGCAAGGACCCAUGGGUUCGGGAAUUGAUGAGCUGUCUUGAUCUCAAAGAAUGUGGACAUGCUUACUUGGGGAGUGUGGCCCACCAGGAGCAUUUACCUCCUACCAGCACCCCCAUUUCUCAGGCCUCAGAGGGGGCAUCUUCAGACACCCCCACCCCUGCCCAGAUGCUCCUGUCCAUCUUGCAGUCAACCCAGCGCCCCACCCUCCCAGCAGGAUCACUGUCCUUGGACAAAGAGCUCACUCGUCCCAGUGAAACCACCAUUCCCACUGCGGGCCACAGUCUGGGAGUUGGGCUUGAGGCUGGGGAGAACCAGAAGCAGAUGAAAAAAAAUGCUGGUCCCACAGCCGGGACAUCAGCCACAGUGCCGGUCCUGUCCCUCCUGACCAUCGUCUUCAUCCUCACUGCAGUCCUUUCCUAUGUGCUGUGCAAGAGGAGGAGGGGGCAGUCACCGCAGUCCUCUCCAGAUUUGCAGCUUCAUUAUAUACCUGUGGCAUCUGACUCUAAUACCUGAGCCAAGAAUGGACCCUUAUAUGGGCUUUACGUUGCCCAGGCUGUUAUGGAACUCCUGAGUCAAGUGAUCCUCCCAACUUGCCUCGGAAAGUGUGUGAAUUAGAGGAGUGACCUACGACAUCCAGCCUACACAUAUUUGUUAACAUCUAACAUAGGACUAACCAGCCACUGCCCUCUCUUAGGCCCCUCAUUUAAAAAUGGUUAUACUAUAAAAUCUGCUUUUCACACUGCAUGAUAAUAACUUGGACAA